UUAUGUUACAGCCCUCGUAUAUUGUUAUUACCACGCCGGCAAUUGAUAAAAUGCGCGCUGGAAAACGAGGUGCUUUGAUUGUGUUCGAAGGCUGCGACCGCAGUGGCAAAACCACACAAAGCAGUCGGUUGGUUGAACUUCUGAAAGCAAAUGGAAUUCCUGUACUACCCAUGAACUUUCCAGAUCGCUCUUCCAGCAUUGGCAAGGAUAUAAACAGCUAUUUGACCAACAGCAAGGAUCUGCCAGAUGAGGUGAUCCACUUAAUGUUCAGCGCCAAUCGCUGGGAGCUCGUGAACCAGAUGAAAAAUAAGCUUCUUGAGGGCACCACAUUGAUUGUGGAUCGAUAUUCCUACUCUGGAGUGGCCUAUAGUGCAGCUAAGGGAUUAAACUUUGAUUGGUGUUACGCCCCAGAAAGGGGACUCAUAAAACCAGAUGCAGUAUUUUAUUUAAAAGCCUCUGCAGAUGACCUAACUAAUCGUGGAAAAUACGGCGAGGAGCGCUAUGAGAAAGUGGAAUUUCAAAGGCGUGUGGGCGAAGUUUUUGAUCGCAUUUGCUCCAAGGAAGCCAGCUAUUGGCACCAGUUCAAUGCCAGCCAGCCCGCUGAUAAUUUGCAUUCCCAGAUUGUGACUAUUACGGAGGAACUCUUGCCCAAAGUGGCCACCCAACCUCUGGAUAAGUUAUCAUAGAACAGGGUCAUGCAUCGCCAUUCAUUAGGGAGGAUUUACCUUGAUUUAUGCCACACACGAAUGUUUGUUAUAAAUGUUUUUAAAUGGC